AUGGCGACUCCUCCCGAACAAGUAAUGGGGCAUCUUACCGAAGAACAAGUGGCGCGCCUGAUCUACAUUCACGAGACAUUGCCGGGUCUUCUACCGACUUUCCUUGAGGACACUCCGGCAACGGAACCCUUUCUCGACUACAUCACGGACCUGGAGGUCAGGUGCGAUAUCCUCGAGAAGCUGCAGGACCUUGUGAGAAUGGUGGGCUUCUUCAAGCUGCUGUGUGAGACGGCCGUCGACGGAAUGCGAGCUUACCUUCCCACUGGAGCGACACAGCAUUGGACGGCCGGAGCUCCACAGGAUCCAGGCCUAAGUCCUACUGCCGAAUGCUUUCUCACCGGCGUGUCUGAUCCCGUGGAGGUCCACUUUUUCCCCUUCUCAACAUGCAGGGACAAGAACCUUCUCGACAUCAAGGCCAUGCUUGAUACGUUCUGGGGGUCCGAGAAGACGGAGGCCUGGUCCCAGUUGUUCGAAAACGAGGCCAUCAUCGAGUCGCCGCAGAACCUGAUCGGUCUCAACCGCCAAAUGCGUUUCUGGAUGAAGCACGCCCUGUUCGCGCUCAAGCCACUGCGCAAGACGGAUAACGAAGUCGUGGUGCAGUUUCACUGGCUGAGGGAUGCCUGUUUCCUGCCCAGGGACCCUGUUUUUACGCCAGCCGAGAGCGACGAUGUUGACGAAGUUCUGGCUCGGGCAGGUCUUGAGGACAACAUGCUCUGGGGCCAAAGACUAUUUGCCCACCGCAGGAGCGGUCGGCGGAUAAAGACUGGCCAGACCUUUGUCUUCUGGGCAGGAAACCUAGAGACCCUGCCGAACUUUGAGCUCUUGCAGCUCUCGUGGGAACUCCUCCGCGUCGCUGCCAUCUCCGGCGCGGUCAAGCUGACAGAUGACUUGCCGGAUGACGACGGCGACGAUGAAGUCUUUUCCAUAAAAUCAUGGUCCUCGCGGUCCUCAGCCGAGUAA